GGAUAUAGCCGUGAAAAUAAAAAUCUGGAAGCAGUCUCUGGUGUAAGGAAUCCUGUCAAGAAAAUUCCAGAUUCUCAUGAAAUUACACUCCAACAUGGGACAAAAACAGUUUCUGCUUUGGCGUUGGAUCCUUCAGGUGCCCGUUUGAUAACUGGUGGAUAUGACUAUGAUGUUAAAUUUUGGGAUUUUGCUGGAAUGGACGCCUCUCUCCAAGCUUUUCGGUCACUGCAGCCUUGUGAAUGUCACCAAAUCAAGUCUUUACAGUAUAGCAGCACAGGAGAUGUCAUUCUUGUUGUCUCUGGUAACUCUCAGGCAAAAGUUAUUGACAGAGAUGGCUUCCCAGUAAUGGAAUGCAUAAAAGGAGACCAGUACAUUGUGGAUAUGACAAACACAAAGGGUCACAUAGCAAUGCUCAAUUCAGGCUGUUGGCAUCCAAAAAUAAAGGAAGAAUUUUUGACAUGUUCUAAUGAUGGAACUGUGAGGACAUGGGAUGUUAACAAUGAAAAAAAGCACAAAAGCGUAUUUAAACCACGAUCAGUUCAAGGUAAACGAGUGAUUCCUACAACUUGCACAUACAGCAGAGAUGGUAAACUUAUUGCAGCCGGCUGUCAAGAUGGCUCCAUCCAGAUCUGGGACAGGAAUAUGAGUGUACACACAAAAUUCCACUGCAGGCAAGCCCAUGCUUCAGGCACUGACACUUCAUGCUUGACAUUUUCCUAUGAUGGUACUGUCCUUGCCAGCCGGGGAGGAGAUGAUACUUUAAAGAUAUGGGAUAUUAGACAAUUUAAAAAGCCUCUUAAUUCAGCGGAAAGGCUGCCCAGCUUCUUUCCAAUGACAGAUUGUUGUUUCAGCCCAGAUGAUAAAAUACUCGUCACAGGCACCUCUGUUAAGAAAGGUGGUGGCAGUGGGAAGCUUUUUUUCUUUGAUCGGGAGACAUUCCAGAAGUUGUAUGAGAUAGAAGUUACAGAUGCG